UCAAAACGAGAUCCUUCAUCACAUGCUGACCAAAUUCGAAAGUUAUGAAAUCUCUACCUUAAAAGACCUACUCGAGAGGGAUGAAUCUGUUCGAAGCAUGCUCAGCUUGCUAACCCAGAACAUCAUGAUUACCUGAGUAGCAACAUACUGUGGUCCUUGUUUCAAAGCUGAGUCUUUGACUUCUUACCUCGAAAGGACCUACGAAUUAUUUAUCUCAGUGUUAACUCAAGGAGCACCACUUCUAGUCUUAGAAGAAUAUAUUAACUUACUAAAAGUAAUCGAGUUUCACUGUAUGUUCAGGAAGGUUAAUCCUUAUAAACAAUUCUCAUAUUUGAAAAUUACCAAAGAGUUUUCUUCAAGAGUUUACCGGGACAUUCCAACUCUGAUGAAGUUGUACGCAGAGCCUAUAAAUGGCAAAUUUAUCGACAUCUCCGGCUUUCAUGACUCCUUGGUCAAUGCUUAUAUGCUCUUAAUGAAGCAUCUGAUUCCUAAAAUUGAGAGAACAGUUCAGAAAAGAACUGCCCAACCUGGAGCGUGGUAUGAUAUCCUAGACUAUCACUGUGUUAAAUUCUACCCUAUUGGAGCACUCUCUGAAAAGAUCACUGGAGUCAAAGUUGAUGACUCGCAAGCUUUUGAGUAUACUCGAGAGCAUACACUCUUUGAGUAUAUUGACAAAUAUCUUUAUACCACAGAGAUAGAAAUAUACCAAAAUUUCCCAUCUCUCGAAGAAGCCCCUAAUUUACUGAAAAUAUUCACAAUGCAUGUAAGCAUUCUGAAUUACUCUAAAACUAUUGAGAGAUUAUGCAAAGUGUUGACUGAUUUAUCCGAAGGAAAGUUUUACCUAGACCUCUACAAUAUUCAAGAUAUUGAUGCUCUGAGAAGAGCUGAUUUCGAUUCAAUAAAGACUAAUAGAACUCUUGAUGAGUCUAUUCAAGCCUUAUUAUCAACCCAGAAACACUUCAUAUUCCUUGUAUCUCUUUGGAAGAACAUAUGUCUAACUUAUGAAGACUUCCAAAUUGACGGUUGAGCCCUGGAAGAGAAAUAUGACUUAUUCAUGAGUCUAAAGUUCCUACCUCUACAGAAUAGUACACUUAAGAAGAGAAUAGAGAACCUUCAAGAGUUUGAGCCUCUUGGAACAUACUAUUUUAUAACACUAGAUCAGCUUGGCUUAAUAAGUCAACUAGAAGAGGUCAAACAAUCUGAAGAAAUUAAGCAAGAUGUCAAAGAGGAAGAUACCAAAAAGGUAACAGAAGAAGAAGACUGGGAAGCACAAGAAGAUCAAGCCCUCUUGUCAAGUUUGACACAAAAUUUUGUUGAGUUCACCAAGCAGGAUGAAGCUAAAAAGAACUCUCAGAACGAGCCUCAAGAGAAUUCUAAUGAGAAUGAAGCUGAUGAUAGGGGUUCAUCAUUUUCUGCUUUAGGUGCUAUUCUUCAGGUUCAGAAUAGUAUAAAAUAUUUCCUAGCCUCUAAAACUUCUGUUGAAGAGAUAAUUAAACAGCUGACGAAAGUCCACAAGGAAAAUCUGAAAGAUUUGGAAAUUAUCAACAAGGUAUCUCAGUUCUACAAAAUCCAGAAUUUAAAUCCUCACACAAAGAAGAUUAUCAACAGAUGGAUGUUCAAGCAGCUUAAAAAGAAACAAGUGCAUAUCUCAAGGGAUGUCUUCUUAAAAUAUUUCAAGAAGCCAAAAAAGAUGCUAAGCCAUUUAGAUCAGGAAAGAUACCAUCUAUUCCUAUCAGCUCUAAUAUUUAAAGAACUUGAUGACCCUAAAUUCCCUCUGAGCCCAAAAUCUAUCAAGUCUCUACUCAAGACGACUGGAGGCAAUGUUGAAGAAGAUACAUUGUGGCUCUCUCUGAUCAGUGACCCAUACUUCUUGGAAUACUUCGAUAGCAGAUUUGAGCGAUCUUCGAUCUCCGAAGCAAUGGAUGAUGCUGAGAUAUGUAUAUGUGGCCAUGAAAUUGAUAUGAAAUCUGAAUUAGAGGAUAAUGAUAUCGGAGAUCUUUUUGGAGAUUUAGACGAUGACUACUAAACACUUUGUGCCUAGACAGUCUCUUUGUAAGACUGUGCGAUGUAUUAUCUAGUGAGAUUACAUAAAAACAC